UCUCGUCGCGGUCAUGUGAUCUGUCAGCAGUCCAUCAUGGCGGCCGCAGCCUCGUCAGUGUUCCACCGAGUGAGAACUGGUUCUAAACUGGGAACCCAGUUCGACCAGGACGGGAACAUCAUCCAGGUGGAAACCCGAGAGGAUGAAGAGCAGAGCGUCAAGCUGGCGGAGAUCCUGGAGCUCCUGCUGGCUGCCGGAUACUUCAGAGCCCGGAUCAAAGGACUGUCCCCCUUUGAUAAGGUGGUCGGCGGUAUGACCUGGUGCAUCACCACGUGUAACUUCGACAUCGACGUGGAUCUCCUUUUCCAGGAGAACUCGACCAUUGGCCAGAAAAUCGCUCUGACGGAGAAGAUCGUGUCCGUGCUGCCAAAGAUGAAGUGUCCUCAUCGUCUGGAGCCUCAUCAGAUCCAGGGGCUGGAUUUCAUCCACAUUUUCCCGGUGAUACAGUGGCUGGUGAAGAGAGCCAUAGAGACCAGGGAGGAGAUGGGCGACUAUGUGAGAGCGUACUCCGUCUCUCAGUUCCAGAAGAGCCACAGCCUCCCAGAGGAUGAAGAGUUCCUCCAGAGGAAAGACAAAGCAGUGAGGGCCGUUCUGGACGUACUGGAAGUGUACAAACCCCAGAGGAAGUACAGGAGGCAGAGGGAUGCAGGGGAGCUGCUGGACGAGGAGUCCAGAGUUCACUCCACUCUGCUGGAAUACGGCAGAAUGUCAGAUUUCCUCCUGCGUUACGGGUUCAGUAAACAGUCCAAACAGGACGAGGCGGACGGGAGGAAGGCUUCGCAGGCCGGCGGCGCUCAGGCGGCGCCCCCUGGGAUGGGGGAGGUGUCGGAGGAGGACCUGCAGGCUGCGGAGGAGAUGCGUAUUAAGACUCUGAUGACCAGUAUGGCUGCCAUGGUAAAUGAAGAGGGGAGGCUGACAGCGAGUGCAGUGGGUCAGAUAGUGGGGCUGCAGUCUGAGGAGAUCAAACAGAUUGCCUCCGAGUACGCAGAGAAGCAGUCGGAGCUGUCGUCAGAGGAGCGUUCAGAGCGUUACGGUCCGCUGCAGCAACACCGCAGGGCUGUGGCUUCAGUCCAAAAACAGAUCCAACAGAAGACCAAACAGCUGGAGGAGCUACGAGCCAAACACACGGAGGUGAAAACCGGCAGCGACGAGGCCAAAAGGAGUCUGAUGGAGGCGACAGAGAUCUCAGAGAAACUGGACAAAGAGCUGAAGUCUUUGGAGGAGAUGGAGGAGCAGGCUGACAGCAGCCUCCUGGAGAAGCUGAGGGCUCUGGUGACGAUGAACGAGAACCUGAAGCAGCAGGAGCAGGACUUCCGCACUCACUGCAGAGAAGAGAUGGUCCGCCUGCAGCAGAACAUUGAGGAGCUGAAGAAGGCAUCAGGACAGAAUACAGAGGAGGACGAGGAGAGGAACCAGCUGAUAGACAAACAGUACGACACCGACAGAGAGAAACUGCAGAAGAUCCGUCUGCUCAUGGCUCGGAGGAACCGAGAGAUCGCCAUCCUGCAGAGGAAGAUCGACGAGGUGCCGAGCCGGGCCGAGCUGACCCAGUACCAGAAGAGGUUCAUCGAACUCUACAGCCAAGUUUCUGCAACACACAAAGAGACCAAACAGUUCUUCACUCUGUACAACACGUUAGACGAUAAGAAGGUUUAUCUGGAGAAGGAGGUGAAUCUGCUGAAUUCAAUUCACGACAACUUCCAACAGGCGAUGUCGUCUUCAGCCGCCAAGGAUCAGUUCCUCAGACAGAUGGAACAAAUCGUGGAGGGAAUCAAACAGAAUCGCAUUAAGAUGGAGAAGAAGAAGCAGGAGAACAAGAUGAGGAGAGAUCAGCUGAACGACGAAUACCUGGAGCUGCUCGACAAACAGAGGCUCUACUUCAAAACCGUCAAAGACUUUAAGGAGGAGUGUCGGAAGAACGAGAUGCUGCUGUCCAAGCUGAGAGCUAAAGGAGCCUCGUAGCUCCGUCUGUUGGUAAACUGUUUAUUGGUCCACCGGGACUCAGACCGGGACUCAGACCGGGGCUCAGACCGGGGCUCAGACCGGGGCUCAGACCGGGCUCAGACCAGGUCCUGGGAAAUCCUGCACACUGUGAUUCAAAAUAAAACAACUGGAGAGGAAUCAAAACGUCUCAUUUCACAUGUUUAUCUCUGUUGAACUGGCACACAAAGCUGAUCUUAUUGUAGGAAACAUGUCCAAUAUCAUAUUUACACUGAAUCUAAGCACAAAGUAUUGAUAUUAAACUCUGAUUGUAUCAAUAAUAAAAGAGUUUAAAUAAA